UGAGUAGUUCAGCCAAUGAAUGGCGACGUGCAAAAUAAGAUGCAAAAUCCCUGUUGUUCAUGGUUUUGUUCUCCAGAGUCUUUCGGACAAACCAACCAAUGGAAUCGGCGUCGCGGGGCAGUUUAUGCAAAUUUAGAUGCGUACCGCCUCCAUGAUUGUGCGCAGAGCUUGUGGACGAGGGAGAGGUGCGCAUGCGCGCGCGAGGAAGCGAGAGGCGCUGAGAAAACAGGAGGACCUCUUGGCAGUGUCCUCUUCAGCCAACCAUGAUUGUCUUACCACCGGGUCUGACAGAGGAGGAGGAAGCUCUGCAGAAGAAAUUUGCCAAACUCAAGAAAAAGAAAAAAGCCCUCAUGGCCUUAAAGAAACAGCAGAGCUCAACAAGUCAAGCCAGCCAGGGAGGAAUUAAACGCUCCAUCUCAGACCAGCCAGUUGUGGACACAGCUACAGCAACAGAGCAGGCCAAGAUGCUUGUGAAAACCGGGGCUAUCAGUGCCAUUAAAGCCGAGAACAAGAACUCCGGGUUCAAGCGCUCUCGCACCCUGGAGGGAAAGCUGAAGGAUCCUGAAAAAGGCCCCGCCUUGACUUUCCAACCUUUCCAGCGGAGCAUCUCAGCAGAUGAUGAGUCCCAAGAGUCACGUCGUCCCCAGAGGAAGUCUCUGUAUGAAAGCUUCGUGAGCCCCAGCAACCGGCUGAGGGACCCAGAGAAGGAGCCGGAACCCAGCAGGGAUCCAGACAAGGAGUCAGACCGCAGUGAAAACCCGCAUGGUUUCGAGUGGGAUUAUGACCGGGAUCGCAGCCGGGACAGGAGCAGGGACGGCGAGAGAGACCGGGACCGGGAGAGAGAGCGUGGUCGUGACCGAGAGGGCAGCUUCCGCUCUUCGGACUCUUUCCCAGAACUGCGGAGUCCGCGCAAAGGGAACACGGUGUACGUGUCCGGGGCGGACAUGAACGAGACCAUGUUGCGCACGGCUUUCUCUGCUUUUGGCAACAUCAUUGACCUCUACAUGGACAGCCCCCGCAACUGCGCGUUCGUCACCUUCGAGAAGCUGGAGUGUGCCGAUCAGGCUGUCACUAAGCUCAACGGUGCUGUCGUGGAGAAAGUUCAGUUGAAAGUCAGCAUCGCGCGCAAGCAGCCCAUGUUGGACAUAGCUGUUGGCAAAUCGUUGUGGGGCUCGCUGGCUGUGAAGAACAGUAUGAAGGGUUCCCAUCGUGACAAGCGGUCCCAGGUGGUCUACAGUGAGGAUAUCUUCUGAAACCUAUUAGGCCAUCUCCACGUGAUGUUUUUGCUGUCUCAUUAGACUGUUUCAAUAAAUAAGACGUUUUCUAUA